GAGAGGUACACUGAAAAUAGAGCGUUGUUGUUGUUGUACGGUUGAAAGUAGGGGGUGAAAGUGGGCUAUCGGGGUGCAGAGACAUCGGAUCUCCCAUUCAAAAGUAGUAUUUGAAGAAAUCACUGAAACCAAGAAGAAGUGGAUGCUCUAGAAGGGAAGCCAAGUCCUCUGCCAGAUAAGGUACAGGUUUGCUGGAAUGGGUAAUCUUCUAAAAGUCCUAACAAGGGAAAUAGAGAACUAUCCACAUUUUUUCCUGGACUUUGAAAAAACCAAAUGGGGAAUCUAUUAAAAGUGCUCACUUGCACUGAGCUUGAGCAGGGGCCAAACUUUUUCCUUGACUUUGAAAAUGCACAGCCUACAGACUGUGAGAGGGAGGUAUGGAACCAGGUGAACACGGUGCUCCAGGACUCUGAGAGCAUUCUCUCUGGCCUACAGGCCUACAAGGGAGCAGGACAGGAGAUACGAGAUGCCAUUCAGAACCCCAAUGACAUGCUCCUACAGGAGAGAGCAUGGAACUCAGUCUGCCCCUUAGUCAUACGGCUCAAAAAGUUCUACGGCUUCUCGCUGAGAUUAGAGAAGGCUCUUCAGAGCCUGCUGGAGUCCCUGACGUGUCCUCCCUACACCCCAACCCAGCACCUGGAGAAGGAGCAGGCUCUGGCCAAACAGUUUGCUGAAAUCCUCCACUUCACCCUGCGCUUUGAUGAACUCAAGAUGAGAAUUCCUGCCAUCCAGAACGACUUCAGUUAUUACAGAAGGACAAUCAGUCGAAACAGGAUAAACAACAUGAAUUUGGAUAUAGAGAGCGAGGUCAACAAUGAGAUGGCCAACAGAAUGUCACUGUUCUACGCCGAGGCGACACCCAUGCUGAAAACCUUAAGCACAGCUACGACAAGCUUCGUAACAGAGAAUAAGACAUUACCCCUGGAGAACACCACUGACGUUCUCAGCACCAUGGCCAGCGUCUGUAAAGUCAUGCUGGAGACACCGGACUACACGAGCAGGUUCAACAGUGAGGACACGCUGCUGUUCUGUAUGAGAGUGAUGGUUGGAGUCAUCAUCCUGUACGACCACGUCCAUCCCAACGGCGCCUUCAACAAGUCCUCCAAGAUUGACAUGAAGGGAUGCAUAAAGGUCCUGAAAGAACAACCAGCAGAUAACGUUGAAGGUCUCCUGAACGCCCUCAAGUUCACCACGAAACACCUGAAUGACGAGUCCACUCCAAAAAACAUCCGAACGAUGCUUCAGUAACAUUUUUUGAUAUAAAGAGGAUCAAUGUACUGACCUCAAAAAAAGAUGUAUAUGUUUACAUAAUUUAAGACUGGAUGUUAAUACUUGUGUAUUUACAUAGUCAUUCCCUCCAAGUUACUGAAACAUAUAGAACAUGUACCUUUUUACUUAGAAAAAUGAAUUGGCUAUACUGUAAUUCUGUUGAAGCACAAAUUGUGGGUAUACCUUUCAGCCUUACAAACUGAGCUUGGCAAGCAGCACUUGGAGAAACAAGCACUCUGGUUGGUUCCUGUGAGUGAGCAGGCAAAUGAAAGGAGCUUCAUCAUUGGCGGUUCAGUGUCAACAGAAGCUGAAUUCCAAAUUGACCCCUAACCUGGUCCCAGAUCAUUUUGCGCUGUCUUCCUAACGCCUAUGGUUGUUCAUUGUUGGCAAGACAGCACAAACUGAUCUGAGAUCAGGCUACCUAAUCCCUGUGGAAUGGAAUGAUUGGAUAGGUGUAAGCAAUAUGGCGAAAAUUCCUGUGGAUUGAUUGUUCAAACCUAUCAGAUCUACAGAAGUGCCUGUAGUAGGGUAGGGACUAGAGGUUGGUUUGGAAUUUAGCAAGGGAAGCAUUGAGGGGAAUAGUGAUGAUGGCUUUCAUAUAAAGUGUUCUUGGUAAGUUGGUGGACAUUGUUGUGCUUUGUUGGCAAGGAAGUGACGGCGCCAAAAGAAAUAAACAAAUCAACCAAACGUUUGAACCUUUAUGGCAGGAGGAUGAGGAUACAGUAUGUAAUUUAGUUUUCUUGAUUUUUCAUGUAUGAGGUGUGUUCCUUUUGUAUGUGUGGCUCUUUGUAUCUAACACAAAUCCAUUGCUCAAAGAAGCAGCUGUAAAUACAAAUGAUGUCAGGUUAUUUUUAAGUGACACGCAGUGGCAAAAACAAUUCCUUCCUCCACCAUUUUGAGGUCUCUACUCGGGUAGUAGGAUAGUGGUGCUGAUGAUGAGCCUUAACUUCUCUCCUAGUAGUUCUCCUUUAUCCUGUAUGGACCAGUGAAGCCUCAGUCUGACUGUGGUCCCGUUCUCUAUCCUUAUACCUGAAGUGUACACUCGUUCCCUCACCCUCAACAUUGGUUUGGUGUAAGUGUUGACUAGAGUGAGUUCCCACACCUGUCCAUUCUAUGAAGGGGUGUGAACGAGUACACACUUUGAGAAGAAGGGUCGAGAAUUGGACUGCGGUCACACUUCAAGACAGUCACUUCUGGUAGGGUGAAAAAUGACACUCUAAUGAAUCCCAUUUAUACCAGUUAUCAUUUCAGUACACAUAAAGUGCCAUUCUGUAGAAUAAAGCCUAUCCUUGUCGCUCACUCCUAUACUUUUACUUACAUCCAAAUGUACAAAGAUAUUUGUGUCACUGAUUUUGUUUGGAGGCACUCAAAGAUUAAAUCUAGACUCCAUAUCCAAGCAGUAACCUGAGCGAGUUCCCUGUAGCGCAAGUCGCUUUGGAUAAAAGCGUCUGCUAAAUGGCAUAUUAUUAUUAUUAUAACCUGGGCUGUCUUGGUUUGAUGAUUUGAUUAAAUAUGUCAAUUUCAGACUGUGUAACUUGUGUUGCCCUUUUGAACAGUUUUUUUGUGUGCGCACCAUUGUUUCAUGCUAAUGAACAUUGACCAAAGGGGCAUUAUAGGAGGAUUCUCUAAGCUCAUUCAGCAUGUAUACACUGGUGUAUAUAUCUUUCACUUGGUUCAGUGGUAUAUUACAGUCAUCUAAUUAUUAACAGGAAAACAAUAUUGGAAAGUUAUCUACAAAAUGUCAGGAUUGUGAGUGGCUGCUGUUCUGGAAAUAUGUGGUGUUCUAUGAAUUGGAGAAAAAACGUUGUUUGGUAAAGGUCAGACAAUCGCUUGUUAUUGAUUAAUGACUUGUAGAAAAUCUGCAUUAACUUCUUGUGCUGCUGUCUCGAUCCUGUCUGUCCAGACGCAUGUGGAAUUGAAGCUUUUUUAUUUAAUGAUGGGGAAAUGCAGGAAUGAACCAUUUAGACUAUGGCUGUGUUUACACAGGCUGCCCAAUUCUGAUAUUUUGCCCAAUUAACUCACAUGCUGCCAUUGUCAAGCCAAAGAUUUGUCACUUGACAAUGAGUGACAGGGAGUUGGCAUGAUAGCACAGACUGGCACUCAGGCUACUAAACAAUAGCUAAGCCUUUACAAAUGUAUCCUGUUCACAUUUUUCCUUAUUAGAGAAACCGACAACCCUAUGACCAUUAAUGGGCUUUUAUGCUAGAUUAAAGUAGCUUGUCUUGUGCCUUUUCUUGUCACUAAGUGAACAAUAGUCACCAACCUCAGAGAAUUAUUAAUUAAAUGUAUUUAAUUAUACAGUAAAUUAUUAAGCUCUACAGUGUUGUGAAAUGAGACAAAGGGCUAUUAUAGAGUUUCAAAUCCACACACAGUGAAUAUCUAUUUAGAAUGUCAUCCAAGCUUCAAUAAAAUCCUUACAUACUCAAUGCAUCUCAGUAACAUUACUCAUCAUGAUAAUACAAUACUACUAACAAACAUUUUAGAAAAAAAUAGGUCAAAUAUCCACCAUGGAUUUUAACAUUCAUGUUAAUUGUUUAUUAUUUUCUAUAUUUUCUGGUGAUCCAUAAUACACUGUGACAAGUGUGAGCCAUACUUUUUGUGUGUGAUGGAUCCAAUGUAUAUAUGCAAUUAAUGAAUACUGUACAUGGACUGUCAGAAAUGUCAAGCUAAAUGUACACCUUAUACAUCAAUACACUGAGGAUGUUUCAAAGGUUUAAUUCCAAAAAAUAUUUCUGUCAAACUUCUUUCAGUAUUGAACUACACAAUGUCUUCAGCCCAGUAUGCUAUUAUUAUUGUGUUGUAUGCAAGCUGUGUUGAAUAUUGAGAUAUUUGAAUAUAAAUUUGAUUUGUUUUAACUGACAAUAGUUUUUAAUGGUUUGGAACGUUGGUUCGAUGUUUAUGAAUGGCUUUUGCUUUAUAUUGCAUAUUGAAUGGAUGUGUGAACUGAAAAUUAAACUGGUACAUUUUCUGCACCUGG